AUGGCGCCCAAGACCCCCUCAUACGCACGCCAAACGAGAUCCAGCAAUUUAAAGAGUCGGACUCUCUCGAACACAACUGGUCAGCCAGAAAACUCUGCGGCAGAUGAGCCUUCGAACACUUUCUCGACACCUCUCUCUACCAAAGCUUCUGGCAGAAGCCAGAGCGUCAAAACGGCCACGGUCCGCGACACUGACUUUGAAGAGACUCAAUUAAUUCCGCGUGGGGUUGAGAUACACAGAGAGCAGGAUCUACGUCUGGGCAUCGUGACAGGAGCUCACGCCUAUUUCGACUCUGGCACACCCCCGGAACCAGCUCAGUCACGCGAAUUCUACCUAUCCAUCAUUCAAACAGCCCUUGCAGGAAGAGCUGAACGGGACAUAGACAAUUCGAUAUUCCUGCCGACGGACGCCAACUUUAUCAAGUCUCUGCACAGGGCGUAUCACAGAAUGGGAGUAGCACAUGUCUCGGAAUCUGAGUUCAAGGUAUUUGCUUGGCAGAAUCUGUUCAUCGGGCAGCACGUUGUCUUAAUGGAUGAUACUGAGAGACAGCUUUGCGCUGUACGACUGGUGGAAAUAUCGCUCAAGCCUCGCGACAGUGACCAACAACGUAUGUGGCGUGCACCUCCACUCCUCUCCUCGAAUCAACCUCCUCCCCAACCCUUUGUCUUCGACAUUUCCUCCAACAGUCAAUUCUGGCUUUCCGACAAGAUUAUAAAUGCCAAUUAUCGAAGAUAUACCAAGUCAGCCGUGCAUUGCAAGCCCUGGGGUACGUUUUGUCCCUAUCUCUCGAUCGAAUUCGAAGCCACAACCGAUGACCGGCGCGUCGUGAGGAACCAAAUGGCUGCCGCUGGCCUGAUUUCCUUGUUCAAUCGAUACCAGUUGAAGCUCGACGCCGCUCUUCAGCCCACUCCGGAGCAAUUGAGACUGGUUCGCCAUUACGGAUUGACGAUGGAGAAAGCAGUUUGGACAGUAUGGGUCUUUGAACCCAAAAUAGCCGAUGGGGCUUGGGCCGGCUGCACAAUACGACUGCUUGAAUCUGGGACUUGUCUGGACGAAGGAGACAUUGUGGGAUUACUUCAAUGGAUCAACGAAAUUCAUCGGUGGGGCCUUUGUGAGUACGCUCUCGGAUGUGAAGAAGAUAUCAAACAGAUCCUGAGCAGAGGUGCUGCCAACCUCAGAAUCUCCACAAUAGGGUCCUGA